AUGUCAAGCAAAACAAAGAGUCGGAACCGUCUACUAUCAUCCCACAAGAGUACAAGCCACAGUAACUCUUCCACUAGGGAUGAAUUACUCCAGUUGAAAUAUCAGAUGGAGAAACCGGCACUUCCGAUCUACCCCCUAGAGGAGACUAGUGAACAAAUCUCAAACUCUGCAUCCGGUUCCAAGACACGAAACUCAAAUGAACCAAAGACUUUUUUGCCAACGGAAUUGACUUACCCUGAUUUCACACCGUGGAAAGAUCACACCCAAGUGGCCAAGAACUCGCAAGACAAGGCUGAAAGCCAGAGCCAGAACCAGAACCACUCGUAUUUGACCAAGGGCUUUUUUGAAGCCCCCCAUGUCCAAAAUGAAUACUAUUCAGGCCGGAAUUUGUUGCAAGCGACGCUUUUCUUGUCUACUGAAAAUUGCAACAAGGUAGUAGCAGAGUUGUCUCAGCACUUGGCCAGCUCAUACAAGGCCCGCAAUGAAACUAUCAACAAGAUCAAGUUUGACUCGAACCAUUUUAGAAUACCGCCGCGGGUCACGCUCACUGCUUCGAGAAAGGAGAGCUGGUUACGUGAUUUGAGCAACCCCCAAGUUCCCUUGCAGCGUGUUGGGGAGAAGAUCCCCCAUGGGAUCAGGAACAAGGUGCUUGUUGAUUCGUUGACUUGCAAGCGCGUGCCUACUGACCGGGCGUUGUGGUUUACGAAAUGCAUCUUGUACGGCGAGCUUUAUGCCUUGAGGAGGAAAGUUCAGUCUCGCAUGUCGAAUGCUGGUGGAGGUAAUAGUGGUAUCGGUGCAUCCGCUGUUGAAAAUUGCAGCGUUGAGAAAUACGAGCUCCUCUGGUUGCAAGAUUGGACUCAACAAGUUGCAGAUUAUAUCUUCAAAUUCUCCAAAGACGUGUCUCUUGUUUCGAGCUUGGAGAUGAAAGACUCAUGCAUGAGGAAAUUGAAUUACUUGUUGGAUCUCACGAGAUCAUAUUACAUUGAGGCGCUUAUCGAUAAACAGUUUUUCCUUUCUUUCAUCUUGAAGCCGUUGAAAGAUGGCAUAUCGUUGGACCCGCUGUUUCUUGAAGAGUUACUGUUGAAACGCGCCAGGGAUGAGGAUGAUGAUCUCGAUGAUCUCGAUGAUCUCGAUGAUGGAGACCAUGUGGACCACGCUGUUGCUGGUGUUGCUGAUGCUGUACUGGACGAGGCUAGAUUGGAGUUGGACUAUGGUCAACGUCUCCUUUCGCUUUCAUUCAUCAAGAUGUUUUGGAAUGACAUCAUCUUGUAUGAUUACUUGGCUACGGAGAUGAGUGGGCUUUUAUUGCUCAACUACUAUUUCAUCACCAAAUUUCUGCGUUGGUCCAAAACUGCCGAGUUACCGGAGUCCUUAAAGUCAAACUUGGUCAAACUAAUCACGGAUACCGUCAUUUAUCUAUUCAAAUACAACACAAACUUCUUUGUCAUUCCCGACACUUGGAAACUAGCUGAGUCCGCGUUGAAUGCGAUCCUCAUACCUCAUGCUGAUAGCAUUGAUGAGAUGGGAAGAGAAAAGAUUUUGAAACAGUUGGAGUUGGUCAAGUACAGAAAUGAAAGCUUGGUUCUCAAUCUGAAGAGCCAGCAGCUCUCCCCGGAGGAGAUAAGCAAGCAGCAGCAGCAACAGCAGCAACAGCAGCAGCAUCCUACGCCCAUGUCUCAAAGAGAAAAGAGCACCAGGAACAGAAAUUUGCUGAGCACAGUCUCGCGAGUUAUCGAAAGUUUAGACUCGCUCCGACUUAAUCAAGAGUUGGCCCGAUUGUUAAAACCACAAAAUGUGGCCACUAGUACGACGACCACCAACGCGACCACCACUAGUACCGUUUCCGAUUGGAAAGUCAAUUUGAGGUUUGCUUUGCUUUGGUGUGUUUCCAAGUGGAGAGACUGGCCCGAUCAGCAAAAUAACGUCAACAUCUUGAUUGUUUGCAAGUUUUUAAAAAAGUCGGUUUACACUAUCAUCUUUGACAAGGCUUCCAAAUCAGAGUUUGAAAAUGAGAUUCUAAACAUUAUUGAUUUUAUGGCUGCAAAUGACCGACUUUCAAUCGAUAAGCACCGGUUGUUUAUCUUGAUCAAUGAGCUAGUUGAGCACAAACUAAUCACAAUUGCAUCGUACUUAAGAAAACUCAUUGCGUCAGGAGUGUUUUUCACUUUUGCACCAGAGGAAACCACUGAUUUGACAAGGGCUCCAGUGGCGUUGAGGACGCAUUUGGAAAUCUUGCAGAACUUGCCCGUUUCAAACAACAGACAAUGUAUCAGUAUCCUCAAAAAGUGGAAGCUUGAAGGCAGUGCCGAGAAACAAGUAUUGGAAGAAGCUAAGAGAUUAUUGAAACAGGAUUUCCUCGUCCCGAUAAUGAGAAAUAACGUGCAUGACUUGCCGGAUACUUGUCGCAACUCAAUCGAGUCGCUCAAUGUUGGAUCUAGGUACCUCGUUAUUGGCUGGUUCACAAAUGAGCUCCAUCUCAGUAUAAGCAAAACUACAAAAUUGAUCCAUUUCACUCCCGCAGUCAUCAUUGCGCUUUACCAGUUGUGUCUACUUUGCAAUAAUCUCGAUGUUUUCUUUGAGACGAUUGUCCCUACAAUUUUGCAAAAUGAUAGCGGGAUCGUGUUGGUUUACUUGGACGGGCUAUAUCUAAUAUCACGGCUAGUGGUGAAACAUUUCAAAUUGAUUAAACAAUUUUCAGACACGACAACGAAUAUCACAGCAUUGAACACGUUUCGUUUAAUUAUACAAAACUUUAUCGAGUUGGAAGCCAAUGAAUACAACUAUCUUGAUUUUGCCCAAGUGUGGCAGUUUAUCGACGGUGUUGUGGAGAAAGGUGGACGAGCUGGUAAUAAUAGUAAAAGAAGACGAGUCUUGGAUCCGUCAAUGGAAAAGUCAUCGAGCUCCUCUGCGACAAGCGUCAAUUUAGAAACACCCAUGCAGAUCAAUACCGUGGACUUAUCGGUAAUGAAUCAGACUCCAAGGUCGCGAGAGGUGUACACUUCUGAUCAUUUUUGGGAGGACUUGAACCGAUUGCGCAAUAAGAAGCCCACUGAACUCCCACUUGAUGAUUAUAAAGAUUUGACCUCUGCUGUUGGUGCAGAUGACGUCGACAAGCUCCUUGAUGUGUGGUACCUGCAAGUAGAUACCAUUUCCGAAGAUGAUGAAAUUAAGAUAGUCAAGCUUUUGAAACAUUUCGUGGCGAAAGAUGCCACUGCUAGUCAAGGCAAAAUUCAAUCGUUUUUGAGUUCCAAGAUUGGCCAACCAGACACUGAAACACUUUCCAUGUUGAGGAAACUUGUUGUUUUCGACAUGACCAAGAUGAGCCCGAUUGUUUUGAGAUGCGAGGACUUGAGUCUAUUAUACUCCUUGUUAAUGGACAUUAUUGGAUCUGAGAAGAAGAAAAAAACUGGCUUGUCAGCAAGCCAACAGGAGUUGUUCAACAUCCAUGUCAACAUGUUUAAGCGGAAAAAUGAGACAUUGUUGUUGGACUUGAUUACGCGAGGAUUGCUUCUGGGUGAACUAAGUCCCCAUGAUGACUCCAUAAUACAACAUCUCCGGCAUUGUGCCGCCACCGAGGGACAGCUUUUUGCUUCUAGAGUUGUUUUCAAAAUGCAAAGAGACGAGGCAGGAAAGUUGCUCGGUAUAUUAUUGGGCAAGACAGGGACAGGGAGCGGGGAUCUCGACCUUGACCCUGACUCCAUUCUCACGUUAGACAGUUUUGAAAAGGACUUUAUUGAAAUCAACGAAUUCAACUUGACCUUGUAUCAGCUACUAUUGAGCCGCAUUGCCGAGACACUUGAUGGCGUUGACACGAUGACCCGAAAUGAGCGCUGGCAGCAAUUUGUGUCCAGCUUGAUAGACUCUUUAUCUUUGUCGAUGCACACUUUGACAACUGGAAGAGCCAUCUUCGAUAUAUUUGAAGCUGUGCCCUGGACGCACAAGGAAUCCGUUCUCCAGGCAUUUGAAAAUAUGUUCAUGGCGCAGGCAGAAGGUGAAGGAGAAACACCGCUUAUAUUUCCUGGCAAUGGCAUUUUUUUAUCUUCAAUUGACGGGUUUUUGGGCAAGUUUCUAUUUUAUUCGUUGGGAAAGCUCGGCUGUUCUAGCGAAUUUGUACAGAAACUACUGGUGUUUACCAAAAAGUUGGUUUUGCUUUUAAAUGAAGAGCACGAAGGGAGCCAGACGGGAAAGAUCGACUUGUUGUUAUCGACGACGUUGAAGAUUCUUAUACUUCACAAGUCGAAUCUCUGCAGUUACAUUGCAGACAAGAUGGGGGAGCAAACUGCAGAUGCGUUGGUGGGACAAUUAAUUGACGUUGUCAAGUCCAAAUAUUUGGCAGAGUCAGAUGGCAAGUUUAGAAUUCUUCUUUGCGAUUUGUUAUUAUUGAUGAAGUCGACGGUGGCGGAAGAAUUGGUGCUGAAGCUGGAUUUCGAAACCUCGCCUGGUCUGGGUCUGGGUCUGGGUCUGAGCGGUAGUGGCAAUAGUGGUGGCGCAGGUGUCGGGGGUGGUGGCAAUGCUCAAAUAUCGGCAUCAGACGACUUGACAUCUGUGCCUCGAUACCCCGGCUCAACAGCUACAUUGCAGGUCCAAGAACUCUUUGACUUGCCCACUAUGAACGAGGCCAAUAUAUUCAAGGACGAAAUUGACGCUUCGCUAGUAAACUGCUCAAUAAUGCUCGAUCGCCAGGAACUAGACCAUGGCGGCGACUUUCAUGUUUUCAACAACAGCGGUAUCAAAGUAUGCUCAUCUAGAGUUGAUUCAUUUGGGCUAAAUUCGUUUGUUGGCAAUAUUUUGAGCUCAAACAAACACCACGGGGACUCACCACUGAAGCAAAAUGGUGGUCGAAACGUGCGUUCUUUCAAAAUGAAAAGUUAUGAAAUCUUGGAAGAUACUAGCACUAGCAGCAGCUCAAGUGCCAGCGCCAACACCAGCACCAGUGCUAAUACCAAUACCAAUAACAACAGCACUACUACCUCAGCUGUUAAUGAUGCAUGUAUUAACUUGCUGUUACUUGAUGCCUAUGCUACUAAGGAGAAUCCUUUAUAA